GGAGUCUCGACGCUGAGCCGUGGAAACAGCCUAGCUCAGCCUCCAAGUUGAGUCUCCCAAGGAGCUGCUGGCCGCGGACGCUACCGUCGCACCAUGGCGUCUGCUGCCCUCGGCCUGACGCCGCGCUGGCUGAUGCUCCUCAGCGCCGCGCUGCUGCUGCUGCUUCUGCCCGCAGCCUCCGCGCAGGAGCCUUCGGCAAUGAGUUGUUCUGUGUACACAAACAAAUCCUGUGAAGAGUGCCUCAGGAAUGUCUCGUGUCUGUGGUGCAACGAGAACAAGGCAUGCUUGGACUACCCAGUGAGAAAAAUCUUGCCCCCUGCUUCUCUCUGUAAACUGAGUUCUGCUCGCUGGGGUGUGUGCUGGGUGAACUUCGAGGCCUUGAUCAUCACCAUGUCAGUGCUUGGGGGCUCUGUGCUCCUGGGUAUCACUGUGUGCUGUUGCUGCUGCUGCCGCAGCCGGAAGAGGAGCCGGAAGCCAGACAAGAGCGAUGAGCGGGCCAUGAGAGAGCAGGAGGAGAGGAGAGUACGGCAGGAGGAGAGGAGAGCAGAGAUGAAGUCAAGACACGAUGAAAUCAGGAAGAAAUACGGUCUGUUUAAAGAGCAAAACCCAUAUGAGAAGUUCUAGAGCAGCUGACACACACUUGCGGUUCCAGAGUUUCGUGGGAGUGCCAUCCUCAGCAUAGCCUGCGGAGACCUGACCACUACAGCCACCCAUGACCUGGGUCAUAUGACCUGGCUCUUCCUUCCAGCCUCAGCACAGGCACCAGAGUGGCCUUGAGAAGACAGUCCUGCUCUUGUUCCCUCUAUCUCUGUAUGUAAUCACCUGAGACGUUAAUCUUGAUGACGUCCCUUUAUGGGGGAGGAAAUGUACUCGGGCCCCACACUCUACAAAGCUGGCGGCCUGAGCUGCUGACUGGCUGCCGAGUGGCCUUGCUGUAAGAUUCACAUUGCAACAAAUGAAGUCAUAUUUACUUUGUUAGGGCAAGAAUUGACCCACCAUCCUUGCUUUCCCAAGGCUAUGUUGUGACUGCAAGUCCAUUUCUGUGACAUGUCAUUGCUUUAGUUUGGGUGACUUUUGGAAGACACUGUCCCCACAAGCAGUCUGGUACCCAGCUGUAUCCAGUGACACAGGAGCACAUAAGGUCUUUAGUCCCGCAAGAGACAGUCUUUCCAAAACCUUUCAUGAAAAGUCCAGGCCUCAUGGAUGGCGUUUUUCAGCUGUCUCUACUAGAGGGAGAGCCUUUUCCCCCAUGGGAAAGCUGAGCUGUGAGUUCAGUUUGAUCUUCCUGUGCAUGCUGAGUCGCCUGCCUCAGGCUUCUCCGCUGUGGUGAUGUGUGGAGUCACGUCCUCAGAAGGGCUUUUUUUGUGCAGAUCUUGGACAUCUUCCCUCUACCUGACAGGCUGCCUGGUUGGCCCUGUGUGUAUCAUGGAGGUUGAACAGCUUGUCCACCGGUCAGCCUGUUGUGGAAGCUGAGUAUGUAGGACCCCAGCCGUACCGCCUACCAGAAAAACUGCCUGAGCAGACAUACACACCCACCUCACUUCACAUCCUGCUUCCAGCCGUGUCUUAGCUCACUGUAUCUGACACAUCAUCGUGGGCCCUUGGAAGCUUGUCAGGGACACAAGGGUCCCCGUGAUACUGUCCACAGUGCACAUUUCUCUGAAAUCCAGUUGUGUCACAAGCUUGAUGGCAGGGUAAGAAGGAAAGAUACUGCCCCUAGGAAAGCAGCCACCAGCAGAUGAGGUGACCUUACUGCAGGCUCCUUCCUUCCUAGACACCUCACCCAGUAGCUCAGUAACCUUUUCAACUCUGUCACUCUGCCCAGGGAUUGACACCUCUCCCCUCCAAUUUUCAGAAACUAAGGGAAUGACCUUUAGCGCUCUCUUUCUGCCUUGUUAGGCUUCUGAUGUAAUUCGAAGCAUCAUCAAACAUUUAAGUAUUACAGCAGCCAUUGAGAUUUGCCUUUCUACUGUCUGUUGGUAAAGGAGCCCUCCUCGCAGGCCUUGAUGAGCAUUGUAUAGUAUGUAGCAUGUAUAAGUCAUGCCUGUUAGGUUGCUGAGCUGAUGAUAGUCACCAGCUGCUAAAUGCAGAGUAUUUAAUUCUCCAGUGUAGACAUAUAGCAGGUGCUCUCGGGACUGCCCUGUGCCCACCUCUGAGCAGCACGAAGAGCAGCCACCUACACCUGAGACCACAGCCCCACACCUGAGACCACCACACCCAGUGCCUUACUUUUUAACCACUUUCCAAUAAAAUGGUUG